GUGUCGUAUAAAUAAGGGCGAGGAGACGGCGGUGGUCCGCCAUUUCGUGGACGCCGGGUGUGCGAGAGCAUCCGGGAACGCCGGGCGGGAGGUGGACCGGGAAGACCUAAUCUAGGUUCUGUGGAUUUGAACCUCCGCAUUUCUAACCCAAGAUCUCGAAAUGCAUCGUGAUUCCUGUCCAUUGGACUGUAAAGUUUAUGUAGGUAAUCUUGGAAACAAUGGUAACAAGACUGAAUUGGAACGAGCUUUUGGCUAUUAUGGACCACUCCGAAGUGUGUGGGUUGCUAGAAACCCUCCCGGCUUUGCUUUUGUUGAAUUUGAAGAUCCCCGAGACGCAGCUGAUGCUGUCCGAGAGCUAGAUGGGAGAACACUCUGUGGCUGCCGAGUAAGAGUGGAACUAUCGAAUGGUGAAAAGAGAAGUCGUAAUCGUGGCCCACCUCCUUCUUGGGGUCGUCGCCCUCGAGAUGAUUAUCGGAGGAGGAGUCCUCCACCUCGACGCAGAUCUCCAAGACGGAGAAGCUUCUCCCGCAGCCGGAGCAGGUCCCUUUCUAGAGAUAGGAGAAGAGAGAGAUCACUGUCCCGGGAGAGAAAUCACAAGCCGUCCCGAUCUUUCUCUAGGUCUCGUAGCCGAUCUAGGUCAAAUGAAAGGAAAUAGAAGACCAGUUUGCAAGAGGAGUGGUGUACAGGAAAUAACUUCAUUUGACAGGAGUAUGUACAGAAAAUUCAAGUUUUGUUUGAGACUUCAUAAGCUUGGUGCAUUUUUAAAAUGUUUUAGCUGUUCACAUUUGUUUGUUGGAACAGUGACACAAAGGUGUAAUUCUCUAUGGUUUGAAAUGGAUCAUAUGAGGCAUGUAAUAUCAAGAAUUGUUACUUUACAAUGUUCCCUUAAGCAAAAUUUAAUUUGCUUUGAAUUUUAGUCUUGCAUAGGCUGAUAAUAAACCUCUUAACUCCUGCCCAGUCGAUGUUUAACAUUAUGGAAAUAAAAACUGGCAAAAAUUGGAAGAUCUUUUUUUUUCAACAUACCUGGGAUAUGGUAUGCAGCUGUAGUUAAGCAGUUUUUAAAAGCUGCUGUGAACUCAAAAGCCAGCUGGAAAAAUUAAAGCUGCAACCUUAAACUAGAUUAGAGGUUUAAAAAUCCUACUAGUCUUCACACUGGACAAAAGGUUGUCCAGUUGGUGUAGAAUCUAAGAAGUUUCAAGGAAGUUAGUUUACCUUUGCUUUAGGUUGUAAGUUCCUUCUGUGAUUGCUGUAUAUGAAUACAUAGCUCUUUGUAACAUUCUUUAUUUGGAAAUAUGAGACUACUCAAGAUAACAAAUGUCCUGCCAGUUUAAGGGUACAUUGUAGAGCUGAACUGAGUUACUGUGCAAGAUUCUUUUUUCAUGCUGUCAUUUGUAAUAUGUUUUGUGAGAAUCCUUGGGAUUAAAGUUUUGGUUACAAAUUGUUGUUUAA